CAGAUCAAAUCAAAACAGUUUCUGAUCUGGAUCAUUAAUUUUGAUAUAAUGGCUGUAAGCGCAGUGCAUUUAGAAUCAGACGCUUUUCUAGUGUGCAUGAAUCAUGCUUUGAGUACAGAGAAAGAAGAAGUGAUGGGGUUGUGCAUUGGAGAGGUUGACACAAAUCGCAUUGUCCACAUUCACUCUGUCAUUAUUCUGCGUCGCUCAGAUAAGAGAAAGGACCGUGUUGAGAUUUCUCCAGAGCAGCUCUCUGCAGCUUCCACUGAAGCUGAGAGGUUGGCUGAAAUGACCGGGCGACCUGUUAGGGUGGUUGGCUGGUACCAUUCUCAUCCUCACAUCACUGUGUGGCCAUCACAUGUCGAUGUGAGGACCCAAGCGAUGUACCAGAUGAUGGAUCAGGGUUUUGUUGGUCUCAUCUUUUCUUGUUUUAUAGAAGAUAAAAAUACAAAAACAGGGAGAGUUCUGUACACUUGUUUUCAGUCAGUGCAAGCCCAGAAAGGCUCAGAGUAUGAAAGAAUUGAGAUUCCUAUUCAUGUAGUUCCCCAUGAGGCCAUUGGCAAAGUGUGUCUGGAGUCGGCAGUGGAACUUCCCAGAAUUCUCUGUCAAGAGGAACAGGACACCUACAGAAGACUUCACAGUUUAACUCAUUUGGAUCCAAUCACAAAGAUACACAAUGGAUCAGUGUUUACCAAAAACCUGUGCAGUCAAAUGUCUGCAGUGAGCGGGCCGUUGCUGCAGUGGCUGGAGGAUCGACUCGAGCAAAACAAAAAGAACAUAAUAGAACUGCAGAAAGAAAAAGAGAGGCUCACACAAGAGCUCACUUUAUUAUGAACAGCUAAAAAUUAUGUGUUGACAAAUGUUAUUCUAGGGUUCCUUGAUUUUUCCCUGAUGAAAUCCCUUUGACUUUUAUUUGAUUGCAGACAGGAUGAAC